UCUCUCUUUCUCUGUAUCAUCAUCACCAUCUAAAUCCAACCUUGACUUUUCUCCCUUCGUCUUCUAGACUGGGUUUUACCCUUCUUCGAGCUCGAAAGGAGUCUCUAGAUCGGGAUUCUAUCAUCUAUUAUAUUUCUGUAAACAAAAAGUUGAUUCGGCGACGAUGUCGGCGAUAUCGAUCCACCACCGAACUGAGCUUCUUAGAAUCACGCACAAUCGGUCGCGAAUUUUCCGGCAGAGAUAUCGGAGAACUAUUCCUCCUUGGAGAAUGAUGAUUAAUUCGAGAUCUUCUGAUACAUCUGAUAAAGAAAUGUUAUCAAAAUCGUCAACGAUUCCUCAAGUUGAUCAACUAAGACCUGAUGGUUUGAGAUUCGACCGUUUGCAAACCCCCGAGCCGGAUAUUUUUCAGGAAGAUAGAUUGGAAUUUGGUAAAUUCGUAGCACGAGAAGCCAUGCUUGAUGAAGAAUACUGGACAGCAGCUUGGCUACGUGCAGAAAGUCAUUGGGAAGAUCGUGGCAAUGAAAGAUAUGUUGAUAACUUCAAAAGGAAAUUUGCAGAGCAGGAGUUUAAUGCCAUAAAAAGAAGAUGCAGAGGGAUCCAAGCGCAGAAAUACUCUUGUAUUGUUGCGGUAAAGAAGGAAGAGAAGCACAUUAAACGCUCAGUAAUCAAAAGUGUGGUUGGGACACUUGAUUUGAGCAUACAGUUUUUCUCGCAGGGAGAGAGCUUUCCUGGGGAAAAGGUAAAGUCUCAAUUGUUCUGCAGCAUAAACCGGAAAGGAUCAAAUAGGUAUGGUUAUAUUGCAAAUCUAUGUGUUGCGAAAUCAGCACGCCGCCAGGGCAUUGCUUGCAACAUGUUACGUUUCGCUGUCGAAUCAGCCAGAUUGAGUGGAGUUGAACAAGUAUAUGUUCAUGUACAUAGAAACAAUAUAGUUGCUCAGGAGCUAUAUCAGAAGACGGGGUUUGAGAUGGUUGAAACGGGACAAUCUGAAUCAUCAGAUGAUACAUACUUGCUCCAGUACAUAAGAUAACUUUGCAAGAAACGAAGUGUGUUCUCUCUGCCCUUUCUUUAGUUUUUAUUUUGGGGAAUGGGAGAGAAGAAUCAAGACGCAGACGAGUGAUCGAUUGCUAUAUAUCGUGGCUAAGCUCAAAACUGUUGAUUGUUAAUUCAUUUGUAAACUCUAAUGUGAAGUGUGUGUGUGUAUUACGUACAAGUAUGUACGAUUGUAGAAAAAUAUACAUUAAGCUUUGGAUUCAAACCUCAAA